UUUCUACAAGUUUGGUUUCAAUUUGAUCAUCUGUUUUCUAAGUGAAAUCGACUAGAAAUCACGUCGAUAACUAUGUCAAGAUCUUUUUCUUUCCCAAUUUUUGUCUAUUAGAAGUAGUGUUUAUCAAUUUAAUAUUCAAAUCUAUUUCAAGUUUCAAUUAGUAAACCAACUCUUAUUUGCCUGUCAAGAAGAAGAUUGUUUCAAGAAUGAAAUUCUUCAUCUUAAUUGUCUGCCUUUUUGGAACUGUAUUUGCUCAGAGUCAUCCUGUAAAAUACAAACCGCUCCCUGUCGAUGAUUCAACUGUUAUAAAGUUAGCUAACCAAGCCGUUGCUAAAAUCAACGCAGAGGGAAAUGGUAAGUUUUACAAUAAACUGAUCGAGAUCAAAGAAGCUAGAUCUAAACUCCGCCAUUCUAAAAUUACUUAUACGAUUAAAGUAAUCUUACGAAAAACUUAUUCUCACAAAUCCAAACCGUACACUGAUGCUUGUGGAAUCAACGAUACUGCACCUCCUAAACUAUGCACCAUCGAUGCAUAUGUACGUGUUGGUUCUGACGAAAGCAAGAUCGUCAUAUUACGUUGUGAAACAAUUCAUAAGCUUGUAAAAUGAUUUUUCCAAUUUUUCUUGGUACAUGUGAUUGAAGUACAUGAUCUGGAAAAAGCUAAUUGUGCGAUUUAAAAUUAGCAGAUUUCAAAACAAAUUCCUGUUUCAAUCAGUGUUUGGCGAUAUUGAAAAGGAAUCACUAUCAAUCAUAAAGGUAUCAAGUAUUUAAUGAGUUCAAUUAAAGCAUGGAUCUGGUUCGUGAGACACAAGAGUCCCUACAGACAACUGAAAGCUCAAUUUUUCCUCGAUUCUGUUGAUUGCCUAAUAAUUUCAUCAAAUUUCUUGAUAUGGAGUAUUAUCGACAGGAGUAGUAAAGGGUAUCUAACGCCACGAAAAGGUGGAGCCUAUUUUAGGGGGAGGGUUAGGGGGAAAUGCGUAGAAAAGUUGCGCGGUAAAUUUUAAAUUUCAAAACGAAAAUUUUGCAUAUAAAUAUACUAGUUUUCAAAGAUCUUUGUUCAUUUCUUCAUAAACUUGUAAACAUGUCAUUUCAAAUUCCGAAUAGAGAAGAUUUACUAUCUCAAAGCGUGAGAUAUGAAACCUAUCAAACAAUCAUGGGUCGAGCAUGGACCAUCCUCUGCCCCUGCCUGUCGCUACUUUAACUCCUCUGGCUUCUCCAGCUCGCACUCCGCUGCCUUCUCCUGCUUCUGCUGCUCUGGUAUCUCCUGUCGAUAUGCUUCAAUGUCCGUCUCUGAUGAAUCUUCAUCAUCAUUCAUCCCUCUUCAUCGAUGUGCUGAGACUGUGGCCCUUCGAUCCAUCAGCCAGCAGACGAGAGAGGCAUUGCUCGACUCAGAGCAUUUGAAUGGUGCUGUUCCCUUGAAUGAGGUGGUUGGUCUCUUGAGGAAGCUCCAGGCUGGGCUUUCGAUCCAACAGGAUUGGGCUUCCUCAUUUGUUCAGAUGGUUGGAACCAUUGAUGGUUUGGUCCUUAAAUAUAGACCUCAACCAAACGUGGAAGAAGAGGAAACCAUUGGUGGGGUUGACUCAGCCAUUGAGAUUUCCUCAACCUCCAUCACUAACUCCAUCAUAGCAUCCGAUGAUUCUGAGAUCCGGAUAGAAUCCACAGGCAGCUCUGGUUGGGAAACCAUCACCUCCUCUCUACCUUCCUCUGCAGCAAUCACAGCAACACCAACACCUCUGAUGACUCCGUUCCGUCCCAGGCGGCUUGAUUUUGAUUCUUUGGUGGCUGAUGAUCCUCCUCAUAUCAGUUCACCAUACCCUUUUACUAUGACUUUCAAAAGAGUAAAUGACUCUUUUGAAAUCAUUAAAUGUAAAAGGUUUAAGUCUCUAUAG